CUUUAUGACACAGCGUCUCUUUUCAUUUAAUAAAUAAAAACAAAUGUUACUGUAAUUUGCAUCAUCCUCCCUCCUCUCAGCUCCAUAUCUAACGAAGCAAACUAGAGAAGCUGCGUCAAUCUCAAGAAGAGCAAGGAACCCUCCUUUUGUAUCUUUUCUUUCCAAACUGGUCUGAGAUGGUCGAGCCACUAGGACAGCUCCAGGUGACUGUUAUUAGAGGAAAGAAACUGGCGAUCCGAGACUUCAAGUCAAGUGAUCCUUACGUGAUAGUCAAGUUGGGAAAUGAGUCAGCCAAGACCAAAGUGAUCAACAAUUGCUUGAACCCUGUAUGGGAUGAGGAACUGAGCUUUACACUCAAAGAUCCUGCAGCAGUUCUCUCAUUGGAAGUGUUUGACAAAGAUAGGUUCAAGGCAGAUGACAAGAUGGGUCAUGCCACUCUCAGCCUUCAACCACUCAUCUCAGUAGCCAGACUAAGGCAUAUAGUGCACGUCUCCUCUGGCGAGACAACUCUUAGGAAAGUGUUACCGGAUUCAGACAACUGCUUAUCUCGUGAGAGCACAAUCAGUUGCAUAGACGGAGAGGUGGUGCAGAGCGUGUGGCUGAAGCUGUGCGCUGUUGAAUCGGGUGAGAUUGAGUUGAAGAUCAAGCUGAUUGAUCCUCCUCGUGGAACAAAGGAUCAUUAGGGAUUAAUGAAUCCAGAUGUGUUGUGGUAUGUUAGUUUGUAGCAAGCAAUCCCUUUGUAUUAGUUAAAUUGCAACAUGUAUGGUCUUUUGUGAAACAGCUUUUAAGACUUUAAAGCUUUGACCUUUGCGCCUUGUGGUAACUCACUCACCAGCUAAUAAAUCUUGUAACCGUGUUUACCAA